AUUCAAAGCAGAUGAGAACAAUAUUCACUCUGCAUUUAAUGCAUGCUAGUGAGUCAGUGUUCUGAUUGUCAGAACUCGCAAAGUUACAGGAAAAUUAUUGACAGGAAUAGGAAUUGUCGCUGUUGAAAUUUAGACAGAAUGAGGCUCGUUCAGUUAUUCCUGAUUGUGUUCCUGGCCGCCUUGAUGCCCAUCCAGGGGUCACGGCUUAGAAGACUAGAAGAAGACGUGAACGCGCUCAAAAGCUUUAUGUUUCGGGAGCUAGGAUCUAUUCGAGAUCAAGUGAACGAAAUCUCAAUUAGAGUCGAAACAUUGGAAAACUCCACUGCAACGUCCGACCCGGGCAGUCCUAACCGAGACAUGGACAUUUUUUCUUACAACCUUGGUGAUAAAACGGGAGAAAGUGGCAAGAAACUCAAACGUGCUGGAAAUAACGACGCAAGUUAUGUUGUAACAGAUGAGGUUCAAAAUAUGCGUAAGGCGUACUCAAAUGACAAAAAAGAAUUACAUAAACUUAAGCAAGAUGUUAAGAAUCAACUGAGAGAGCUUGAACAAAAGAUAACUAGCCAUAUGGAUAACCUGACUGCAGACGUGCAACACAAUAUCGAAUACAUUCAUGAAAAUAUAUCGCUGGCAAACAUUACUUUGUCAGAUGUCAUCAAUGGGUCUAUUUCAAAUAUUAGUAUUCUUUCGGACAAUAUCAAAAAGGAAAUAAAAAGGUUUAUUGAAAACACCAGUCGACAGCUUACAUUACAAUUUAAUAAAACGGAAUCAAAACUAAAAGAUAAUAUUUCGUCCACAUUCCACCAUAAUGAAGACAACCUUGAACGUUUCAUGACACUUGCUGAUCGCAAUGUUAGCGAAAUGAUUCUUAAAGCAGAUAACAUUUUCAGUUUGCUGCGUACUAACUUUUCAGAAAUGCCGAAUCAAAUAACCAAUUUAUUAUUAGAUUUACAAACAGUAAGCCUGAAUAUACAACAUGUUGAAGAAAAGCAAAACCAUUUGUUUGUGUUAACAUGCAACGAAGACUUUAGUGUUAACAAUGGAACAAUACAAGAUGGUUACUAUUACCCGUGCGCAAGAGACAUCCGUCUGGCCAACGCGUCCACAUACCGCUUCAUCGGCGUCCAGGGGCGGCUCGAGGUCCGUUAUGAUAAUUCGUGGGGGACCGUAUGCGACGAUACCUUCGAAAAAGGUAUAAGAAACACAAAUGUAAAGGUUGUGUGUAGGAUGUUCGGGUUCCGGGAAUGUGACUGUGUGCGUGAGGCGGGUCUGGGUGAAGGCAGUGGGGUCAUCUGGAUGGACGAUGUGGAAUGUGGAGGAGGAGAAAGCAGUAUCUUAAAUUGUCAUCAUCGUGGGUGGGGAUCUAACAACUGUGGUCAUAGUGAGGACGUAGGGAUCCAAUUGUGGAAUUAAUAUAGUGUUAAAAUUAUACUUUGAUCAAAGCGAUAAGAUUUAUACUGUGUUAUAAAGAGUGCAUUUUUUGCCUGGAAAAGGUUAUGAAUUUUCAAUUACAUUGCUGUUAAAUGUCUUGUUUUGUUGUUAGUGUCGGUGUUUUUUUUAAUUGAUCUGCAUAUAAGUAAAUGGGGGUUUAUGAAUAUUGUCAUGAUGAGGAUAUUGGUUUUCGUAUUUGAUAUACAAUAAUAACAUAAUGUUGCGAUCAAAAUGAACGUGUUUAUAUCUUAUCUAUUGAAUAGGGUUGUUUGUUCUUUAUUUAGUGAAAAUAUGUGAUGAAUUUUAACUUGAAAUGUUUUUAAUGGGUUGUUUAUGGGUUUUUUUUUGCAAUAACUCUGUAUUAAUAUGUGUGUAUUUGCAAGAAAAUGAACAUCACGUUAAUGCAACGCCAUGUACUUUUUGAUAAAUAUACAACUCUACCGUUACAUGUACAACACGGAUCCUCUAGAGAAAUAAUUAAUCAAAUGAUAUCACUAACUAAUAUCGUCACUAGAAUCAUAUAAGCAAGGAUUUAUGGAGAUAAAACAAUUUGGUUUAAGUCAUUGACAAUGUCCAAUCGCUCGUACAUCAUUUAAAAAUAUCAAUUGUAUUAACGCAGCAAAAUACAGAAGAACAAUAAAGUAAAGUGGCAUAUUUAUUUAAAUGUCCGUUAUUAAAAAACAUAUAUUUACACCUCAACUUCCAUUCCUUAAAUGAUCUGCCUUUCAGCAAUUGCGUUCGAUGAACGCAACAUCUUAGGAUAUGUCCGGAUCGCAAUUCAUCGCAUAACGAUAUAAUUGAAAACUAUUGAUCUUUUUAUUGUUUGUAUUGUGUCAGCAGGUCCCGUAAAAUAUAAAUCAACAUUUUAGAAAGUGCUAUGUUAUUAUAUUUGAAACGUUUUGUUGCCAAAAGUGUUUCAAUUUUAAGUUAAAAGGAUUUAAAGUGGUUCCCGCAGUAUUCUGACGUAAUUUAAAAUUCUGUAACAGUCUGGUCGUCUUUUUUACAGAAUGGGUAAGAAAGAAUUACUGAAAGAUAAUCCAAAAUGAAAUGAAGUAUUUUUUAACGUGUCUUGAAUAAAAAAUGAACUAUUGGUGUACAUAUAAGGAAUGAAUUGCGGGGCUGAUGUCAUUAUCGGAGAUAUAAACGCAAAAGGGCUGGUCAAAGUACGUGUGGAGUCCUUCGGACUAAACACACUUAGACCAGCCCAAAUGGGUUCAUACCUCGAAAAUGACUUCAACCCCGCAAUAUAUUCCAUAAUAAAAGCCGUAAUCUGUGCAACCAUAUAUAAAUCUUUAAUGUUUUUAUGUAGCAACCAACUGUCCAAAACAGAAGGUUUUGGUAAAUAUUAAGUACGUUUUAACACUGUCAGUUUGUAUUUAUAUAUAUAUAUACAGGUUUUAAGCCAUUUAGAUAACUUUGUAUCUUAAAAUAAAUGUUUGAAGCAUUGAUAAACAUACGUUUCAUCCGUUAUAUUUUGCUUUUUAUGUUUUUGCACCAUGCUUAUUUUAUUCUAUUAAAACGCAUCUUUCUG